AAGUCUUUGUCAACAUAUUAUCAUUGGACUUUUACUAUUAAUAUUACUCUCUGUCUCUCUCUGUCUCUCUUUUCUCUCUCUCAUCAUCCUUAUCAUCAUCAUCAUCUUCUUCUUAUGAAAGGAAAGGAAGUGGGAGGAGGGUUAACCCCCGAAGGGAAAGUUAAGGGCAUCUCUCUAUCUUUCUCUCUCCACAGAGCAAAAGGCGAAGGUCUUUUCCUUUAUCAUUAUCUUUUACCAUUGAAAGAUUUCGGGGCCAGGCCAGUCCAGCCCAUUUAAAAGGCCAUUUUCGUUGUUAUCGUCGCUCAGCGCAAACUCCAACAUCUCAAGUUCAUUUUGUUUUCCUCUCUUCUUUUUGUAAACAGUUUUUCUCAAACUUUUCUUUGAGUAACAACAACGAUUGUUGAUCAACAAUUUACUUUUUUAUUUCUUUAUUGUCCUUUAAUUUAAUUUCUUUUUUAAUUGUGUUGAUUAAUUGUUCAUUUCUUUGUGUAUUUGAUUUGUCUUUUUGGAUUUACCUCUGAAACCAUGGUAUUUGAUUCGGAUAGAUCGUCUAUUUCUGAUUCCAUUUCAACAGGAUCAACAAAGUCGUCGGUGAUUAAAAUUUACACCAAAAUUUUAUGUUCAGAUAUUGAAUAUAAGACACUUUCAAUAACCGAAGACACAACUUGUUCUGAUAUGGUGAGGAUGUUACUCCAUAAGUUCCGAUUGAAACACACGGAUCCCAAUCUAUUUUACGUUGCCAUGGAAGUAAUUAUUCGUAAAACAGGAAUUCCAAUCAGAUCUGUUGUGGUUCUUGAUGAUAUGUCUUGUCCAGCUCAAAUUCAGGCCUCGUAUCCUCAUCAGGAUACCAAAUUCACUUUAAUGAUGAAACGUGGAGGCCUCGUCAAAGUCUAUGACAGUUGCUUAAUGUCAUCGUCUCUUUAUAAAAGUCUACUGAUUUCCGAUAUAACCACCGUUGGUGAAGUGAUUCAAUUACUAUUACAAUGUUACGAUUCGGAUGAAAGGUCAACCAAAUUUGCUUUAUAUGAAGUUUGUCCACAGAAAAGACGUGAAAGACGAUUACGAGACAAUGAAUUAUUGUUAAGGUUACAAUCCGAAUGGCCUUUGGGUGAAGUAUAUUGUUUCCAAUUACGACGUAAUUACUUUGAACAAUCACACAAACGAAAGGCUCUUUGGAUUCGAAGUCCAAUUGAUUCAAUCGGAUUAUCCUGUUAUUCAAAAUAUGCUAAAGAUUUAUCUGCCUUUUUUUAUCCUCCCAAUUAACUAAUUACCUUAAUUCUUAUCCAACGUAUUUCUAUGUGUAACAAUCAUUGAUUAACUCAUUGGAUUGAGAUUCUCAUUGUAAUUAACUCAUAUCGUUGUUAUUAUUUUGUGAUGAUUAGAUGGUUAAUCUGUUUUUCUGUCUUAAUCAUCAUCUAAUCAACUAGUCAAUUCUCAUCAAUUAACUUUUGCCAGAAUCAUUAUCAACAAUCAACUUCGAUGGCCUCAAGUUUAUUAAGGUCAAUCUUUUCAUCGUAUUUAUUAUUCAUCUUAUUUUCUUUGCGUAUUAAUCAAUGAGAUUAAUUAAUUUCUCCAAUAAUUUAAAUGGAUCAAUUUGUGAUGAUUAACAAUGAUUAUUCAAUUUGAUUCUAAAUCAACUGAUCAUCUCCUUGUGAUCUUACAAAUUCAAACGAUUUAAUCAAUUGGAGAUAUCAAACAAUCAACUCUCAAUUUGGAUAAAUUGUUAAUUUCUAUCCUCAAGAUUUACAAUCAUAAUUAUCCAUGAAACUACAACACUGAUGAUUUGCUCAAGUGACCGGACUGAUUUAAUUGUAACUUCAAUUACUUUGAUUUACUGAUUAGUUUAAUCUUUGGUGUUAAACUUUAAUAAAUCAAGUUAAUCAUCGUUUAAUUGUUGGAAUACACAGAAAACAAAUCGGAUCAGAUCAAUUUUCUUAAUCAUAAUCAUUUUUGUAUCUUAUGGAUUCUCAUAAUUAGCUGAUUAUUGUUCAAAAUUGGAAUCAGAUAAUUUCUUUAUUAUCUAAUUACGAUUUCACCUGAUUAAGCUCAUUUAUCAUUAAUCAUCAUCUUCAUCUUGAUCAUAACAAUUUAAUUCAACAAUCUAAAUUUCACUUGUUUCUAUUACAAUUUAUACUCUUUAUUACUGUAAUUCUAUCAAUUUUUUUUGCUCGUUCAUUAAUUGUACAAUUUAUACAUAAUUCUGACAAUUUCUAAAUCACUAAUCAUUUGUAAUUGUCAAUUAAUUUACUUAAUUUAUAUCAACUUGUUAAACUUUGGCAAAU